GUGGUGGUGAUUGCUUGAUGACUUUUCAAAAUUUUGUUGUUCCUUUCCCGUCUUUGCUGUACUAUUCAUUCAAAUAGAGCACGAAAUAACCUUGAUUUCGUCUCAAAUACAGCAUGGAACUUGCAACAAUCUUAGAGGCAACAGUUUCACAAGGUAAGACGUCGAAAAAGCGCGAGACUUUUGAAAUAUAUGCUCGAUAAGGUUCAUGCUUUUUUGUAGUGAAUUUCGAACCCACAUGGAAAACGAAAGCUGACAUUUUUCGAGCAUUGUUUGCUGUUUUUAGAUAAAGCUAAACUUGAUCAAGCAGAGAAGUUUUUACAAGAAGCAGCCCAAGCUAAUUUAGUAAGUAUUGUAAAUAACUUUGUACGAAAUUGUCAUAUUAAGUACAAUAUUAAUUUGAAUUUUAUACAAAGGUGAACCGCCAAGAAAUAUUCAUAAUUGUAGCCUAACAUUAUUUUGUCUUGUUUUUAUAGCCACAGUUUUUGGUAGCUCUAGCAAGCGAGCUUUCAAAUGCAACCAGGAGUGAAGUAUGUCGUAUGGCUGCAGCAUUGCAGUUGAAAAAUCAGUUAACAUCAAAGGACGAGCAUGUCAAGUUAGCAUACCAACAAAGAUGGUUAGCUUUAGAGGAUCCUGUCAGGAUAGCGGUGAAAACACAGGCAAGUAUUGUCAAUAUAUAUUGCCUUGUCAAAGACAACCAUAUACAUUGUAUGGGAUGAAACUUGUGUACAAUAGAUAAACUAUUAAUAAUAAGAUUAUACACAGGAAAAAAUUUAAAUUCCAUUUAAUGGUUUUUGAAUGGUUUUUAAAGAUUUACCAUGUAUACUAUCAUAAUUGGUUAUUAUAGAUUUCCCAUAUUGUAAAUUGGUAAAAAAAAACAAUGAUUAAUAUUUACCAUUUAUGGUAUUUCCCUAUGGUAUUUUCCUGUGCACAGGAAAAUACCAUUAAUGGUAAAAUAUUAGACAUGGUUUUUACAAAUUUACAUUUAAAUGGGAAAUCUGUAAUAACCAAUAAUGAGUUCAGUUUUCACAUUCAAAAACCCACCAAAUUAAUGGAAAGCUUGAUUUUUUCCCCUUUGAUAUACAAUUAGGGGUUGUUUAUAAUUUUAAACCAUUAAGCUGUAAUACGCCCAACACUGUCUAACCCCCAUAACACCAGAUUUGUUUACUCAUCAAAGGGAGAGUCUUGUAUGUUAACCUAUUGAGUGCCAUUGCUCUCCCUUUGGCAAGUAAAAUUGUCUGGUUUUAGACAGAAUAAAAUAAUAAAAUAGGCCACAUUGGGGCACAGUGCAACUUAAUGGGUUAAUUUUUUAGCACUAUAUGAUCAUGGCUAGAUAUUUUUGUUAAAUUUGCAACAAAAUGGUCCACUUGCAAAAUUGAAAAAUUCCAUGAAAUUUUCUGAAAGCUUUCAUGAAAAAAAUUUGUGAAAUAUUGAUUUCUCUCCAAAAUUCAUGUUAUGAAUAUCAGGGCUUCAAAUAACAGCCGAUCACCAAUCAAUGAUAGGCAAGAAAUUGUUCAUGAUCUGUGGGAAAACAGGGUUUUCAACCAGGGAAAGUUAUGACUGCCCCGAUCACCAGGAUCGGGAACUUUGGAAACCUUAUUUCAAGCCCUGGAUUAUGUUUAUCUGAGAGAUUAAGAGCUUGGCACAUUGCAUAAACCUUAAAAAUUAUGAUGACCAUGAAUUAUUGUUUAGGUGUUAUCAACUCUUGGUACAGAAAGCACCCGACCAGCUAUUGGCCCACAGGUUAGAAUUAUUACAUUUAUUUUUUGAACUGUCUUUGCCAGUGGAGAUGGUGCCAAUAAAAUGAGCAAGCUUUCGUUGGUAGAGAUGCAACUACAUGAAAAAUAUAUAAGGAUAAUUGCAACCGUUUGAAUGAAUGAAUGAAUGAAUGAAUGAUAAUAUUUAUUCAGGAAACCAACAUCACAAGAAGUGUUUUUCAGAUGGUUCCUGCAAAACAUUAAAAUACAAAGUAUAGAAAAUAUAUAUAGUGUGCGUGCAGUAUUUACAUAUUGGUAUAUGAGGGCCACAAGUUCAUUAGUACUUCGUACUAUUAAGUGUCACCCUCUUUAAAUAAAGUCUCUAUCUAUCUAUCUAUCUAUAUAUAUGGAUAUAAAUGAUAUACCAGAAAAAUUAUGAGACUAUAGGAUACAUGAUGCUAUACAUAUUUACAAGGAUACAAAGAGUUAGGAAGUUAUAUUUUAAAUAUACUGUAUGAGUAUUAUAAAAAUAGAGAUUUGAGAAGUUCAUUCCUAAAGGUUCCUAAUUGUUCAAUGGAUCUAGUAUUAUAGUUCAAAUCGUUGUACUCUUUACAAGCCUGGUAAAGCAGUUUUUGCUUUCCCCAGUUUGUCUUCGGCUUACAGAGGUAUAUAUCAUCUCUGCGUCUUGUGUUAUAUAAAUGAUUAGUUUUAGGCAGUUUGAGAUUAAACUCUGUUAAAUUAUUUUUUAAUUUAUAUAUUGUUAGUAUUCGGUGUAGUUUGAGUCGGUGGGCAGGUGGAUGCCAGUGUAAUUUGUUGAGGGCUUCAGUGGAUGAGGAUAGGUAGGGAGCGUCAAGAAUGGUCUUUGCAACCUUAUUCUGGAGAACUUGUAGUUGAUCCAUUAAGGAGGAGUUAUUCUUGUCACCCCAUAUAAUAUCUCUGUAGUCAAAUAGUGGAAGAAUAAGAGUGUUGUAGAUGAUAAGUCUAGUUUUGAGUGGAAAGAAGGUUUCGAGCUCAGGUCCUUCAUUUAGAUGUUUUGUUUUGAGGGCCUUUGAUCGAAACAUCGAAAUCCUCCUUUAUAUUUUCAGGUAGUUGCAUUCCUUCCAAUGAAAGCUUGCUCAUAGAAUUAUUACACAUCAAUUUGUGUUGUUAAGACUUAAAUGAUCUUCGAUUAAAGGCUUGUCAUUGCCUUAAUGUAUCAUAUUUUACUACUGCGUCAAUUUUCUCACAAUUUUUUAGUGCAUAAUGGCCAUAGCUUGUGCGGAGCUUCCAGUGCAACAAUGGCCAGAUUUGAUCACAACCUUAGUUCAAAGUGUUACCAACACUACAGCUUCGGAGGAUUUGAAAGAACAGACGUUGGAAGCCAUUGGUUAUAUCUGUCAGGAUAUAGUAUGUCAAAUAUACUUUUUUAAUACUUAAUACUCUUUGCCCACUAUGAUUGCUUAAAUUAAUCCAGAAUCUUUCUGAACUUCCGUGAAUUAAAAUUUCAGGACCCAAAACAUUUAGCAAUGGAAGCAAAUAGUAUUUUAACUGCAAUUGUACAAGGAAUGAGAAAAGAGGAAGUCAGGUGAGAAAUAAUCCUUCCUUACAUUAUCAAAUAUGGGAAGAUUGAUCUAUUCUAGUCAUCCUUUAUCCACAGAACCCAGCACCCUAGAAACGCUCAAACCAUCAAAAUAUUUUUUCCUAUGUUUAGCAACCAGGUCCGUCUUGCAGCAACGACAGCACUAUACAACUCCUUAGAGUUCACAAAAGGAAAUUUUGACAAAGAGGUAGAAUCUUGUUGACGGGCACUAGGGGUUGCAAUCGCCCCCUCCACCCCAAUAAUUUAGGACCAGAUUGGAAAAAAGGUGUAACUUUAUCUGUUUAUCCUCAAUAAAUAGAAAUAAAAUAAAUAAAGUGUUAUUAAUUUCUGAAAGCCUUCGAAUGGUAAUUCUGCAUGACUGUUUAACACUAGGCCUAAAAAAAAUACCUGUGGUUCCGGUUUCAUAUCGCGAAAAAAUUAGGGUCGGUAGGUCAGAAAGAAUUUUUUUUGAAUAUUUUUUUCAUGGUUUUUCCAAUAAUUAAUGUGACAACAGACACCUUUUUGGCAGCAGCCCGCAACCACCCGGAGAAAAUAGGGUCGCACGGUCAAUUGCAUUGAAAAAAUAAUAGGGUCGGCAGAAAAAAAUAGGGUCUGUCGGGAACCAGAACCACAGGUAUUUUUUUAGGCCCUAGGAUACCAGAAAUCUCAAGUGUACUGAAGAGUGAUUCAAGUUGUUUUCUGGAAUUUCCAUGUUGUAUAAUUAUAUGCUUGGUGAUGUUGUAUUUAGAACGAAAGACAUUUCAUCAUGCAAGUUGUAUGCGAAGCAACUCAAUGCACAGAUACACGAGUGAGUAUAUAAUAACUAGACAAUUCAGGGUAACUAAUAGAAUUUCAAACCUCAGGAUUGUUUGCAAUGGACAUUUGCAUUAUAGACUAAAUUUUGAUCUAAACAAAAAUUUCAUCACAGCUUGAAAGAGCAUCACAAAAUUAGUAAUAUUCCAAAGUUUCAUUGCAAAAUGUUGUAAAAUGCAGAUAAUAGAGCCUUGCGAAGUUUUUCGUUUUUCAGUCAUUUUGCAUUACGCGGGGGAAAUAGACCUUUCCCCUUUUAAGUGAGAUUUUGAUCAAGACAAGUCUUGACAAAAAUUUCAUCACAGCUUGAAAGAGCAUCACAAAAUUAGUAAUAUUCCAAACUUUCGUUGCAAAAUGUUGUAAAAUGCGGAUAAUAUAGCCUUGCGAAGUUUGCCGUUUUUCAGUAAUUUUGUAUUACAAAUGGGAAAUUGAUAAUCAGUUUGAUCAUCUGAUUAUCAAUUUCCCGUUUGUAAUGCAAAAUGACUGAAAAACGGCAAACUUUGCAAGACUAUAUUAUCCGCAUUUUACAACAUUUCGCAACCAAACUUUGGAAUAUUACUAAUUUUGUGAUGCUCUUUCAAGCUGUGAUGGAACUUUUGUCUAGACUUGUUUAGAUCAAAAUUUAGUCUAUAAUGCAAAUGGUCCAUUAUUGGCUAUCAUAACUGAAUAACAUUCUUUGAAGCAUUCUUCACAAAAAUAUUUACCUUUCCAGAUUAUCUAUUUCAUUUAAUUUUCAAUCCUUCAGGUAAAAAUUGCAGCUCUGCAAAACUUAGUGAAAAUAAUGUCUUUAUAUUAUGACCACAUGGUGUCGUAUAUGGGGCCAGCUCUGUUUGCAGUAAGUAGAUUUCAUUAUAUUAUAAAAACUGUGCAUUUCAUAGCUGCAGAAGUUAGUGAGAGAUGCUACCUCUAUAAUCUAAGGGGCUAUAACUCCGAAUUCAAAACUUCAAAACUUAGUUGAAUUAAGAAUUCUAGAGUUACUUAAGCCAACUAAAAAAAUCAUUUGAAGGCAGUAUGUAUAUGACUAUAUUCAACCCUGGAAAAAAUAAUUUUAGUUUUUACUAGUUUUUUUUUUUUUUUAAAUUGUUUCACAAGCUCUAAAGAUGAUUGGCUAGCUGUCCCCACAAAAUAAUCUACCGGCGUGCAUAGCAGGAAAUAUUGGUGGGUCCUGGCAUCUAGGAUCCAAGAAAAUUUUCAGACCUGGCUUAGCUUGCAGAAAAUUUUAGGGCAAUGCAUAAUUAAGCCGGUUACAGACAAGCAAGUUUUCUAUGACAAGUUUUUAUGUGACAAGUUUUAUUUGCUCGUCUAUACGUGCAACUUUGACAAUUUUUUCUAUGACAAGUGCACUUGUCAUAGAAAAAAUUGUCAAAGUACAAAUUUUGUUUGUCUGUUUGGGUCAACAAAGAAAACUUGUCAAAGUAAUCUGAGCAUUUCAGGGGUGGAUCUAGACGUUCUUGUGACUAGUUUCCAAGACAACACUAGCUCUCACCGUGAGGCGCGAGUUAGCUAAGGGAAGGGAGGGGGGUCCAGGUCGAUUUGGAAAUUACUUGAAGAAAAACACAUAAAUUCACAAGUUUGGAAAAAUUUUUACUAGUUUCCGGAAACUAGUGGCACUAGUUUGGAUCCACCCCUGGAGCAUUUGAUGUGAUUGGCCAGCUGGCUGCUAAUAAAUUGUCAAUGAAAGUAAACUUGUUGACACAUUCACACUAGUAAAUAAAACUUGUCGUAUGAAAACUUGUCAUUUAAAAUUUAUUGCAUAUAGACAUGUGCACUUGGCAAAUAAAACUUGUCACAUCAAAACUUGUCAUAGAAAACUUGCUUGUCUGUAACCGGCUUUAUUGCUAACAGACACAGAAAAUAAUUUAUUAGGAAGAACAUUAAGAAUAUUAAAUAAUAUGGCAGAAAACGUUGAUCUCAAAAAUUAGGAUCCCUGAAACAAAAAUAUUCCCUGCCAUGCUGGCAUGGGUUAUUUUGUACAUACAGAUAGCGAUGAAUAAUAUAUUGACAAGCUAGGUUGAAGCACAGUAUGGGAUAUGUAUUUACUUGAAAAGAAAAACACUUUGAUGUUCCAGUGUGAACUUUGAACGUAUGUAUUGUGUUGUAGAUUAGUCUUGACGCGAUAAAAAGCGACAUACAUGAAGUGUCAUUGCAAGGCAUUGAAUUUUGGUCAACGGUUUGUGACGAGGAAAUUGACCUGGAUCUUGAGGCUGAGGAGGUGAGGGGUUCAAUUUAGCUUGUAAACUAAACUAAUUUUUUAUACUAAAUAGCUCUAUCAGUUCUGAAUGGGUGAUUCCAGCUUUAGACUAAAUUUUGAUCAAGGCAAGAAGAACAAAAUCCAACACCACAGCUAGGAAGAGCGUCUUAGAAUGAGUAAAACUGCAAAGAUUAAAUGUUUUAAAUUGAAGAAAAUAUAGUCCUGUAAAGUUCGCAAAUUUUGUGUAUGUUUGUAUUACGCGCAGUAAAAGUAACCACUUUCGGCUCAAAAAUGGUUAUUUUUCCCGCGCGUAAUGCAAAUAUAUACACAAUUUGCGAACUUUACAGGGCUACAUUUUUCUCAUUUUACAAGCAAACUUUGCAAUUUUACUUCUUGUCGUUCUUGUCUAGAUCAAAAUUUUGUCUAUAGCUGGAAGUCCUCUGAUCUGAUCAAGGAACUAUAAAUCAACCACGGUUUGAUAUAUUCAACCAGGGUCAGAUAGUUAUGAUUUUGUUAGGUAAAUAUGUUUAGUGGCUAAAUUUCCUUGCUAAAUUUCAUAUAUUGGUAAUUUUGUGAGUGUAUGCAUGUAUCAUGACAGUUGGCUUAAAUUUACUAACACUAAAACAUUCUGAAAUCUUGGCGCUAUUACAAUUAUUUGCAAAUAAGUUCAUUGCCAAAUAAAGCAAUUAAUUCAGAGUUACAUACUCCCAUGUCGUAAUCCUAUGUCUAUGAACAUGUUUAUUCUUUUAUAAUUUAGUUGCAGUUCAAUUUAUUUGAACACAUCAGUUAGGGGUUUUUCGCCUGGGGACGUUUUGGCUUGGGGACGUUUUGACUGCGCAGAUACUCGGGGACGUUUUAACCUGGGGACGUUUUGACCGGAUACCAAGUCCUCGUGGGUAAAAAUAGUCGUACACCAGAUAUCUAAGGAAAUGUGUUUACUUGAAAAUCCUUCUUAUAACUAACAUUCUCUGAUCCAAGUUAGCGUCAUCCAUUUUUUAUCUCGCUAUUUCCAGAGCUUUGACAACUUUCAUUCUCGUUCCGCAUCAAACAAUCUGCUAUUUGCAGAACAAAAAUACAAAAUGGCCGAUUAAUUUUAUUGGCAUGUUGAGCGAUCAAAUAGAAUACGCAGUUUUCAUUUCUAUUAAGUACUGUUCGAAAGCAUGCAAGAAACACAACACAUUUUCUUAAUUCGCUUUGCUGUGACAGGCAACAAAAGUUUACGGUACCAAGUUUAUGUACUCUAUAUAGACAUAGGGAAAAUUGAAAAACAAUAGGGACCAAGAAAUGUUCGAAAACAAAAAUUCAAGGCCUUGAAUUUGUAAAGAAGUACUUCAAAGUCCUUAAAUUCUUCUUGCUUUAGUUAUUGGAUAUUUUCUGAAAUUAUUUGACAUUCAAAACGGACAUUUUGUUGAACUGAUUUUGCAUGUUCGUAUCGGACAAAGCUGUUUGAAAUUCAUUAAAGUUGCGCCCUUUUUGAAUAAUUGAACGUCACAUUUUACUGAUUUCUAACGCCUUCUCUUCAGUAUGUAGUCCUUGAAUUUGCUGAUACAUGACCUGGAAUGUCCUUUAAAAGUCCUUGAAUUUGACUCUUCCUGACAUGUAAGAACCCUGGCAAAACUUUCAUUUCUUAUUUAGGCUGCACAAAUUGGUCAGCCUCCGGAACGAAGCAGCAAGAAGUAUGCCAAGGGUGCUCUACAAUACCUUGUUCCUCUUCUUUUGGAAACUUUGUCAAAACAGGUAUAUAAUAUCGUUCUCAAUUUUUCAAACGACUACUAGGUGUAUUGUAGUUGCAGACUUACCUCGAGUGCAUUAUACCACAGAUUUGUAUAGAUUUAGUGUAAUAUGUUAUGACAAUCAACUUUUUCGUUCGAACAAGACCACAUACGUAUGGAUGUUAGUCUGCAUGGAUUAUCGAGAUUUCAAAGACAAAGGAAAUUUUUCUUCUUACAGCAAAAAUACAAAACGUUUCCCACUUCUGUAGUCUGUUGUGAUUUACUGUAAUUUGUUCUGUUUUUCUAUGCGAUUACCGAUCUGUCGGCAAAUACUGCGAUAAAAUUGAAAUUUCGUACCUUUUAUGGAAUGAAACUAGUGAAAAAUGUAUUAUUUCCCUUUGCUACAAAUUAUCAUAUUUGAAAAUAAAGAUAACUAAGUUUUAUCGCGGUAUUUGCCGAUAAAUUGGUAAACGCUACAGAAAAAGAGAACAAAUUACAGUAAUUUUUUUCUGUGUUGGUGUUGUGUACUUGGGUUAAUAUGAUUGCUUGUGAUGUUACUCUGAGUGUAUAUCCACACCGGGCAAGCUUGAAAAAUAUGCCUGGCCACGGUGGGAAUCGAACCUACGACCUUUGGAAUACUAGCCCAAUGCUCUGCUAAAUUACGGUAAAUCACAACAAACUACAGAAGCGGAAGUGGGGCACUUUUUGUAUUUUCAGUCACUGUAAAAGCAAAGUUAACCUCACAACGUGUUGACAUCAAGUUGUAGAAUGGACCUUUCCCCUUAUAACUAAAAUUUCGAUCUAGACAAAAAUUUCAUCACAGCUUGAAAGAGCAUCACAUAAUUAGUAAUAUUCCAAAGUUUUGUUGCAAAAUCUUGUAAAAUGCGGAUAAUAUAGCCUUGCGAAGUUUGCCGUUUUUCAGUCAUUUUGUAUUACAAACGGGAAAUUGACAUCCGAUUCGGGUGUUGGGGCUGCAAUUUCCCGUGCGUAAUGCAAAAUGACUGAAAAUUGCAAAUUUCGCAAGGCUCUAUUUUCCUCAUUUUACAACAUUUCGCAACGAAACUUUGGAGUGUUACUAAUUUUGUGAUGCUCUUUCAAGCUGUGAUGAAAUAUUUGUCUAGACUUGCCUAGAUCAAAAUGUUGGUUAUAAGGGGAAACGUCUAUUGCACGACGAUAACGAGUUGUCGGAACAACUUGUAACAAGCUGUGAUAUUUUUACUCGUGUAAGUAAACCCGAGUCGUCUUGCUGACAGGAAGAAUUUGAUGAUGAGGAUGACUGGAAUCCAUCGAAAGCUGCUGGUGUUUGUCUCAUGUUGCUUGCGCAAUGUUGUGAAAAUGAUGUCGUGCCUUUUGUUCUACCUUUUGUCGAGGAAAAUAUUAAUGCUGAAAUGUGGCAGAGGCGAGACGCUGCUGUAAUGGCAUUUGGUAAGGGCUUUAGAGUUUUAAGCCCUGGGCAUACUGGGAAACAUUGUUGUGGAAACAUUUGAUUCUCGAUGUUUCUUCAAAUGUUUCCCUGUUUGCCCACCCGUGGAAAUAUUGUUGCGGAAACAAAAUUUGCUUCCCGAGAAGCAAAAAUGUUUCCUAGCAAAUUCAGAAACAUUUGAUGUUUCCCUAUGUUUCUUACUAAUGUUUCCUAGUGUUUGCCCACUCUGGGAAACAUGGCGAAACAUUGGUAGGAAACAAUGUUUCCGCAACAAUGUUUCCUAGUUUGCCCAUGGCUUUAGGUUCGUGGGAAUGAACCAAAUACACUGUGACUCGAAAUAUUUGAUCAGCUAGCGGGACAACGAAUCGUCGUGCUUUGCUUUGAUUUGAUUUGCGUUCGGAACGCAAUUGCAACCAUACUGUAUAUACUAAUGUACGCAAUAUGUUCAAUCAUUUAGGAUCAGUUCUAGGUGGACCAGAUCCCGAAGCUUUGAAACAUGUUGUUGUAAAGGUACGCCUAUCAGCGUAAGGCUAAGCAUACAGUAGAUGGAUUUUCAGAUUUUGCUUUGGGAGGGUUCCAUCCCACUAGCGACCCCCCACCCCCCUGAAUUUUCGGCACCCUUCGUAAGGUGACGAAGCCCCAGGCAAUUUUGAAACUUUCUGAAGCAAAAUUUACGGACAUAUAGUGCAAUUUCGGAUACACAAUUUCUUUGCAAAAAAAAUGAAAAAUGUUGGCAGAAUAAACUGUGGGCCAUGCUUCAACAGCUUUUUGGAUAAAUGCCAGAAAUUGCGUUACAAGUUGCAUGAAACGCAAGAACUCCCUUUUAUACAAACGCCAGAACUCCCUUUACAAACGCCAGAACUCCCUUUUCAAAUGCCAGAACUUCCUUUUCAAAUGCCAGAACGCCCUUUUCAAAUGCCAGAACUCCCUUUUCAAAUGCCAGAACUCCCUUUUCAAAUGCCAGAACUCCCUUUUCAAAUGCCAGAACUCCCUUUUCAAAUGCCAGAACUCCCUUUUCAACUGCCAGAACUUGUUUUCCAAACGCCAGAAUUCCGUUAUUGAACUUGCAGCAAAAAUUGCCUCGUGUAACAUGGCCUUUAAGUUGCUGUGGUUUGGUUUCUACAUUGAAGUACAUACUUAUAUUCUCUCCUCUGUAACUUGUAGGCAAUGCCUCUGAUCAUUAAUAUGAUGAGAGACCCUAGUACGAUCGUUCGUGAUUCUGCCGCGUGGACUGUAGGCAGAGUCUGUGAACUACUGCCGGAUGAGGCGAUCAAUCCUCUUUACUUAGAUCGUUUGCUUGAACAAAUGAUGAUGUGUCUUGCCGCAGAGCCACGAGUCGCAGCUAACAGUUGUUGGGUAAGUUCACACGCUACAGUUUCUGAAAAUAUAAAAAGCAACAAAUUUCCAAGAAUAAAGUCGUUCAUUUUAAAAUUCACACUUAAAUUAAAUUUCCACUUUAAUUGUGGCAAUGCUGUUCCAACAACUUGUCAUUAGGAUGACACCAACACAGAAAAAAAUCUUGUUGCUACUUGCUACAAGGUUGUUGAGCGCAACAGACUUGUUACAAGUUGUUUCAACAACUUGUUAUAGUCCUGCAAUUCAACAAUUUGUCAACAAGUUGUGAGUAAUAACCUUGUAGUAACUUGAUAAAAUAACAGCAUUGUUACAACUUGUUGACAAGCUUGCUACAAGCCCGUUGCGAACACAUCUUGUUGACAAUUUGUGAGAUUUUUGCGUGUGCAGAUCACGCUAAAAUAUUGUCUUCAGCGACGUCAGCAAUAUGUGUCAUAUUUGUCUCCCUUUGCUGUGUAGGCAUUUUCGUCGUUAGCCGAAGCUGCGCUGGAAAAUGCAAAAAAUAAAUUUGGAACUGACGAACCAGAUAGCUUUGCGCUGUCAGGAAGCUUUAGCAAAAUUGUAACUGAGCUACUUGAAGUAACAAACAGGUAUGGAAAUUCAUUGUGUGUUAAGCCACUCCAGAGUACGUGUCAAGAUUUAUUUCAAGAUUUAUUCAGAAACUGCACUAUUUACAACAAGGGAAAUGCAUAUGAAAUUUUACAAUCAAUCCAUGGAUAUGAUCAAAUGCACUUUACAUCAAGUAUUCCUCUUACCAAAUUACGCACUUAGCUUAGACUAUUUUAUCUUUAACAACAAUUGUGAUAUUACUUUUUUAACUGUGUUUAUCCUAACCCACUUGUCAACUUUUCCUAACCCACCCUGUCAACUUUCCCUAACCCACCCUGUCAACUUUCCCUAACCUACCCUGUCAACUUUCCCUAACCUACCCUGUCAACUUUCCCUAACCCACCCUGUCAACUUUCUCUAACCCACCCUGUCAACUUUCCCUAACCUACCCUGUCAACUUUCCCUAACCCACCCUGUCAACUGUCCCUAACCUACCCUGUCAACUUUCCCUAACCUACCCUGUCAACUGUCCCUAACCCACCCUGUCAACUUUCCCUAACCCACCCUGUCAACUGUCCCUAACCUACCCUGUCAAUUUUCCCUAACCCACCCUGUCAACUUUCCCUAACCUACCCUGUCAACUUUCCCUAACCUACCCUGUCAACUGUCCCUAACCUACCCUGUCAAUUUUCCCUGUGGGAGGAAACCGGGGCACCCGGAGAAAACCCACGACUUUCGGCAGAGCGUUGGCUGACUCUUUUGACAUGAGUCCGUAGCGAGAAUCAAACGCACGAUGUCAGAGGUGAAAGGCGCUUUGCUCUGAUAACUUCGCCAUCAAAGCCGGAACUAAGGGAUAUGAAUGCUUUUGUUGUCUAGAUCGGAUGGAAACCAAGCAAAUCUCCGCAGUGCAGCCUACGAAGCAGUUAUGGAGAUGAUUAAAAAUUCUCCUAAGGUAACUCGAUUAGGCCAGGACUUUUGCCUUGUAUACAGUGCAAUGUAUUAAUACAUACAUUUUUGUCGCAUAGGAUUGUUACAUAUGCGUACAGUCAACAACAUUGGUUAUUCUGGAAAGAUUACAGCAAGUGCUGCAGUUAGAAGUACGUAACUUAGUUACUACAUCUGAAGUGCAUAUGAAAUUGAGAUCUGUAUAGCCUUACUAAUCUGCAAAAAAUCGGCGUAUUUUCAUAUGGGAGACAAUAUAUUUGUUAUAUGUUUUAGGGUCAAAUAACAUCCACAGAUGAUCGAUCUCAAUACUUAGAUCUACAAGCUCUCAUCUGUGCUACACUGCAGGUAAAGAUCUUAUGUUUCCACUUUCCAUUGGGAAUAUUAAUCAGUUCUGCCCUAACAGGUCCAUGUAAUGGUUUAGUGUCACUACAUGAGAAAACCUUAGCUAAAGAAAAUUAUUCCGACCUAAUAGUUAAAAGGCCACAGAGGAAUGUUUUAACAGAGUGUCCCUGGUGGUUUUGACCAGGAUUGUAACCUUGUCAAUUAUCUAUAAUAACUUCAAUUAUUGAGGGUAACUUAUAAUGAUGAAAAAUUUUACAGAGCGUACUACGGAAAGUGCAGCCAGAUGAUGCAUUAAAGAUUUCUGAUGCGGUCAUGAGUGCCUUACUACAGUUACUGAUAACACAAAGUGGUCAGGGGGGUGGUGCGAAAGAGGAUGCUCUUUUGGCCGUUGCCAUACUUGUUGAAGGUAAUACUCGGUUAAUAUAGUCCCCAGUCAGUGCUGAAUAACGAAUAGUGUAGGCCUGUUUACACUUGGCAUUUUUGCUGCGAUUUUAGAUGCGAUAUUCUGUUGAUGGAUGUAAACGAGUGAAUGAGUUGUGAAUAUUCAGAUGAGGGUACAUACAUCUCAAACUCGUUAAUAAUUCAUGAUAAAUUAGCCAACCAUAUUGCUUUAAUUUGCUCACAUGAUAAUACUGGAUACUUGGUGAAGUAUAUUGAUGUCCUAGGACUGGAUCAAAAUUAAUUCACCUCACUUUAAGUGUUGAUUUGUUCGUAUGAGAUGUCAUUUCAAAUCCUCGGACUGGACUAGAUUUCAAGUCCUCGCAUUUCGCUCCAGUCCUCGGCUUCGCCUCGGGCUUGAUCAAAUUGCGCGGAUUUGAAAUCUAGUCCAGUCCUCAUAGUCGGAUUUGAAAUAUUACAUUCAGAACAACAUCAACUCAUCUGCUCGUUCAUGUGCAUCAUUGCUGUCUUGCUUCUGUGUUUGUUUUUCAUAUGAUGCUAGGAUAUUUUGUUCAUGUUUCUUUCAUAGUGAUUGGAAUAAAUUUCAUGAAAUACAUGGAAGCAUUCAAACCAAUGUUGACUCUUGCCUUAAAGAAUACAGAUGAAUACCAGGUAUUUCAGUUUAUGUUGUAUUAGUCUACGGAUUAGCAAGGGAUCUAGGGAGAACAGUUUAGAACUGAUGGAGAUAUCCAGUAUAAAUAUAGUUUAGUUAAAAUUUCCUCCCGUAGUAACACUGGAUCACUGCUGGAAUGACCCUUACUAGAUCUCUAGGGAGAAAAAUUUAGAACUGAUGGAGAUAUCUAGUAUAAAUAUAGUUUAGUUAAUAUUUCCUUUCGUAGUAACACUGGAUCACUGCUGGAAUGACCCUUACUAGAUCUCUAGGGAGAAAAGUUUAGAACUGAUGGAGAUAUCCAAUAUAAAUAAAACUAUACUCACCAUGAUAAAUGUUUUCCAAGGCUUGUAUCGCUGCUGUUGGCAUAGUCGGAGAUCUAUGUCGUUCUUUUGGUGAACAAGUUUUACCAUUCUGUGACGAAUUCAUGAAUUUAUUAAUGGCAAAUCUAGCCGUAAGUAAUUUAUAUUAAGUACAAUAGAAAUUCUAGUUACGAUCUUGCAUUAUAUUGUCAUGGUUUCCGGAAAUGCCACUGUUCCCAGAACUCGUCUGGUGUCGUGUCAACAUAUUCUUACCAUCUUUAUUUCAUUGUUUAGAACCAGACAGUUCAUCGUUCAGUGAAACCCCAAGUGCUCUCUGCUCUUGGCGAUGUUGCUCUGGCUAUUGGAACAAACUUUAAGAACUAUCUGCAACCUGUCAUGAUGACUUUGGAGCAGGCUGCAGCUUUGAAAAUAGAAACAGUAUGUGCAUGUUAUUGUCUUCUUGAAUUAAUAGUGGUACUGUUGUGAUGUUGGUGAUAGUGGUGGUUGGUGUUCGGUCGGUGGUGGUGGUGAUGGUGUUGAUGGUGGUGAUAUAGUGGUUGUUGGUGAUAGUGGUGCUGGUGGUAGUGAUGGUGGGUGAUGAUAAUACUGAUGGUGGUGGUGAUACUGGUGGUGGUGGUGGUGAUGGUGGUGUGGUAGUGUGAUGGUGACGAUAAUGGUGGUAGUGAUGGUGGUCUUGGCGACAGUGGUAGUGAUAAUUGUGGUGGUGAUGGUUCGUGAUGAUGGUGAUUGUUGUUAUGGUGAUGAACAUGAUGUUAAUGAUGAUCGUGGUGGUGGAUUAUAAAGUCCUAAUGAACUUGGUAAGUUGCUGAAAUAACAACUCACUGAUAUAUAACAAACCAACUUCAUUGUUUUCAGGAUGACUACGAUAUGAUUGAAUACAUAAAUGAACUUCGUGAGGCAUGUCUAGAAGCUUACACUGGUAUUAUUCAAGGCCUGAAGGGAGAUGGCGCUGCUCCUAGCCGUAAGUGGAUAGCUUUACCAGUUAGAAACUGUUCCGCAGAAAAUAUAUUGUGUUUUGUAUACCACGAAUAGUUAUGUGAUAUAUUUAUCACUCUACUUUCAGCUGAGGUACAAAACGUUUGGAACGGUGUCCCAAGUAUUGUUAUGUUCUUAGAACUUAUUGCAUUGGAUAAAGACCAUUCUGAAACUGUUGUAGCGGCUGCCUGUGGACUUGUAGGGUAAGUGGUGACAAAAUUUAUGACUUGUGGGUUCAGUGUCAUGCCAUGGUUUGUGUAUGAACUGCCUGAAAAAGAUAUAAAAAACCUCGAUGAUUCGAGUAGGGGGUUCAAGUCUAACUAUACACGGGAGAACCAGAGUAUGUAAAUAAGUGGGCAUGUGCUACUAAUCCUUACUUGCUGCUGAGAGCUAAGCUGAAUAGACCUUUCCCCUUAUAACCAAAAUUUUGAUCUAGGCAAGUCUAGACAAAUAUUUCAUCACAGCUUGAAAGAGCAUCACAAAAUUAGUAAUAUUCCAAAGUUCCGUUGCGAAAUGUUGUAAAAUGAGGAAAAUAGAGCCUUGCGAAGUUUGCAAUUUUCAGUCAUUUUGCAUUACAAACGGGAAAUUACAGCCCCAACACCCGAAUCGUAUGUCAAUUUCCCGUUUGUAAUACAAAGUGACUGAAAAACGGCAAACUUCGCAAGGCUAUAUUAUCCGCAUUUUACAAGAUUUUGCAACAAAACUUUGGAAUAUUACUAAUUUUGUGAUGCUCUUUCAAGCCGUGAUGAAAUUUUUGUCUUGAUCGAAAUUUUAGUUAUAAGGGGAAAGGUCCAUUGCGAAGGACGCAGCUCAACCUGGAAGACUCCCUAAGGACUCCUCUGGCAGCCACCCUAUGACUCGUGUCUGAUCACAGAGCACAGCUACGGUUGACGAAUAAACUUGGGGUAAUCCCAACCCACCCUGUCAACAUUCCUUGGAGGAAACCUGAGUACCCGAAGAACGCCCACGACAUUCAUUGACUGACUCGUCUCACAUAAGCGUCACGAGUCCGCCAUGAGAAUCGAACCCACGAUCUCCGACGUGAAAAGCGCUUGCUCUGCCUGACGAUUUCGCCACCAAAACCCUUCAACCACGUUUGGUUGAGUCAAACUUGUACUCGUCUCACUUGAGAUGGAGUCGAAAUUAUAAUCGGACAAUUCUCUACUUCAGGAAUCGAACGUCGGUCACAGUGUUGAAAAGUACAUGCUCUCUGACUGAUAACGACGUUUCAUUCCUCUAUUUCAGAGAUUUGUGUUCAGCUUUUGGUGCACAAAUACAUCCACAUUUAGAGAAACAGACCAUCCUAGAAUUAUUGCAAGAAGGCCGCAGGUCGAAAGGAGGAAAAACUAAAAAUGUGGCGACGUGGGCAACGAAAGAAUUACGAAAAUUAAAGCAAGCAUAGGUUGGUCAAGUUUGCUUUCAUCCGCUGAUUUAGUUUCUCGAUCGAUUGAUUGAUUAAUCAAUUGAGUGAUUAAAUAGUGAUUGAUUGAUUAAUCAAUUGAGUGAUUAAGUGAUGAUUGAUUGAUUAAUCAGUUGAGUGAUUACUGGUAAAUGAUGAUUGAUUGAUUAAUCAAUUGAGUGAUUAAUUGAUUAAUCUUUUGAGUGAUUAAUUGAUUAAUCAAUUGAGUGAUUAAAUGAUGAUUGAUUGAUUAAUCAAUUGAGUGAUUAAAUGAUGAUUGAUUGAUUAAUCAAUUGAGUGAUUAAUUGAUGAUUGAUGAUUGAUUGAUUAAUCAAUUGAGUGAUUAAUUGAUGAUUGAUUGAUUAAUCAAUUGAGUGAUUAAAUAAUGAUUGAUUGAUUAAUCAAUUGAGUGAUUAAAUGAUGAUUGAUUGAUUAAUCAAUUGAGUGAUUAAAUGAUGAUUGAUUGAUUAAUCUAUUGAGUGAUUAAUUGAUGAUUGAUUAAUCAAUUGAGUGAUUAAUUUAUGAUUGAUUGAUUAAUCAAUUGAGUGAUUAAAUGAUGAUGGAUUGAUUAAUCAAUUGAGUGAUUAAUUGAUGAUUGAUUGAUUAAUCAAUUGAGUGAUUAAUUUAUGAUUGAUUGAUUAAUUGAGUGAUUAAAUGAUGAUGGAUUGAUUAAUCAAUUGAGUGAUUGAAUGAUGAUUGAUUAAGAGUGAUUAAUUGAUGAUUGAUUGAUUAAUCAAUUGAGUGAUUAAUUGAUGAUUGAUUAAUCAAUUGAGUGAUUAAAUGACGAUUGAUUGUGAUUGAUUAAUCAAUUGAGUGAUUAAGUGAUUAAUGAUUGAUUAAUAAAUUGAGUGAUUAAAUGAUGAUGGAUUGAUUAAUCAGUUGAGUGAUUAAUUGAUGAUUGAUUGAUUAAUCAUUUUCGAUUGAGUAAUAUUGAUUAUAAAAUGAUUUUCUCGUAGACCGUCGAAAAGAGGACUAAUCUACGAAAGACGAAUGGAAAUGUGAGUACGUGAGUGGUUUGAUGAGAGCCUGAAUGGAAAGCCUGAAUGGAAAGCCUGUGAGUUAACCAUGAGAGCAAUGAAUGAAGACGCUGAGCCGCCGCGCAAUAUGAACAAAACGAAAUGAAUCUAUGCAAAUUUCACAGCGAUUCCGAAAAAUCGUGGUGGAAAUUCCAAAAUUAGAAUGUUCGAAAUCAAUAAAUUCCUUUCAAAAGAGUGUACAAUACGCAACAUUUCAUACGACAAGAAGCGAUGUUCAAGCGAGAGCUGGUUAUAGAAGUACAUUUUGGAAAUCUCGGCUAAUCGUUUAUAUGGAUACGUAUAAAAAGAUGCCCUGGGGAUGAUGUUACCCAAGCCAUGUUAUCAGUUAUCUUCAGAAACCUAAACACCACCAUUUCAUGAAGUUUUACUUUGGAAAUUGGAUGAACACUAGUACUGGUGGACAUUUCUAUGGAAUGAUUUGUCUAGAAGAUCUCUUGUUAUUUCUGAAGUUUAAUAUUCUGCAGUAUAUAUUCGUGCAUUGGUAACAGAAAUCCGUUUUUCUUUUGAAAUGAUUAAAUUGGAUGCAUAUCUUGGAAUCGAACGGGACAUACAUCUUUUUGUCAAACACUUAAUUGAUGUAUCCAAAAUGUAUUUUUGCAGAUACUUUGGUGAAAUUGCUUUGAACAAGGUAUCUGUGUUUAUACAGAUUAGCCUAAAUGCACAACAAAAUGCCUAAUAAUUUGUUCUUUUUGUGGAACGGCAUCGCAGGCGAUUUCGGACCUAACUUCUAUAUUGUACACCAUUGAAUGGUCGAGCGAAAAGAGAGAAUUAUUAUAGUUCAUACUUUAUUUUGACAGAACAGUGAGACAAGAAAUGCGAAUGUAAUGUGAAAAAUAGAGCCAGUAUAAAAUAUACAACCUUUUGAUUGUUUAACAAUCAAAGAAUAUAAA